AGGAAAUAAACUGUAUAUUAUAUUUUCUUCAAGCAUCUUGCUUGAUCUACACAAAGGUUACACGACACUAACAUAUAAACGUCAACAACUCGCUGAGGACAUGCAUCACGAUGGUUAGAAUUUCGAAACUGACAGCUUUUUCUGCAACUGUGACGUUCUUUGGAACACUAGCCGUGCUGAGAAAAGUUCAAGAACUGAGAUUUUUUAAGAAAGACUCUUUGGAUAUUCUGAAACAGGAAGCAGAGAUUCGUGACGUGGGAAAACUUAUUGACAAGUAUGGAAUAACAGAACAGGAGCUUGAUAGAAUAAAAGAAGAGAACGAAUUGGAAGCCAAAAUGUUUGCUGCCCCUCCUAGCGUAGUGGACAUCAAUCCAAACUGGGAAAACAAACGUGUUCCAAGGAAUGAUGCCAGAAUUUAAAAUUUUAGUAAAUUUCUUUUUUCUGUACAAGUUUAAAAAGAAUAAGCAUUUUUGUUAAGUAUACUUUUAUUACCUGUCAAGAUUUUAUCACCAUUGUAUGUGUUUUUGCUUACCUGUUCAAAGCCCGAGUGUGGUGAUCUCAUGUGAUCACUUUUUGUUUGUCUUUUGUCCGUGCACUUUCAGAUUUCAUGUACACUAUUUAUGAGACUUACUCAAAAAUUUCAUGCCAAAGAUAUCUUGGCUGAGUUUGAAACAGGGUAAUUUGGUGUAAAACUAUGUAACUUUGUCAAAUUUAAGUAAAAGAUAGUAACAUUUUUGCGCAAUCUUUAUGUCACAGGGAGAGAUAAUUAUGCGGCUAUUCCUCAAUCUAAAUAAAUCUUGGUCACAACAGGUUUAGCUCACCUGAGCACAUUGUGCUCAUUAGGAGCUUUUAGGAGUCUGUGUUUUUCGUUAAUGCAUACAUGUGUAAGUUGGAAUCAUUAACUUUUUUCUUCCCGUCCUUAACUCUUAACAGAUUUUAACGAAACUUUACAGGAAUGAUCCUUGGCCACUCUUAAAAAGUUGUUAAACAAUUUCUGGUCCAUUUCAUAUGUAGGUCACCAGAGCUUAAAACAGAUUUACAAGAAUUUAAACUUCACAAAACUUAAUAAAAAACCCAAGGGUCAAUGCUUUAAUAUUUGGUGUGUAAUAUCGUCUAGUGGUUCAGUCCUUAGUUUAAGUAAAGCUGCUUGGGUCAAAACUGGCCAGGACCAAGGGGUCACACGAGUUAUAUGGACUUAUAUACUAAAUAACUUAUCUUGUAUGAAACCACAUGAGUCAGGGUAUUGAUAUUUGGAGUGUAACAUGGUGGUGGUCCUCUUUAACAUUUGUUUGCAAAAUUCUUAUGGGGUCAAAAUUUGGCCUUGCUCUGGGGGUUACUUGUUUUCCUUAUAGGUAUAUAGUAAACAACUUUAAAAAUCUUCUGUGAAACCACAUUGCCAAUAGGGUUGGUAUUGGGCGUGCAUCAUUUUAUGGUAGUCCUCUACCAAGUGUGUUCAAAUAUGCUACUGGGGUCAAACCAUACCACCCCAGUGAUCGAAUCAUAAAUAAAAACUAAUAAAUAUCAAUAAAUAUGGAAAAUAUCUAAAACUGCAAGGGUCUGGGUAUGUAAUUUGAUGUUUAGUUUUCCUCUGCAAAGUUUGUUCAAAUCAUGCACCUGGGAUCAAAAUUAACCAUGCCCCAUGAGUCACAUGAUUUGUAAAGAUGUGCAUUGUAACAAGCAUUUAAAUAUCUUAUUCUCAGAAAAAGAGCUAGGGGUUUAAAAUUUGGUGUGUAAAAUUGUAUGGUGGUCCUAAACUAAGUUGGCUCAAAUGAUGACCAAUGGGUCAGCAUUUGCUCCACUUUUGGGCUUGCUUGUUUAUAUGUUAAAAGAAACAACUUUGUUCUAUUACUGCCUCGGAUCAUUUGUUAAAAAAACAUCACAAAAUCUAUAGUGUCUACAUGUCUUGGGCGACACAAAGAAAUAGGAAUACUUUAGUCACCAUGGUGAUUGUUUGAUUGGCUGGUUGGUCUGUAAGCAUUUGGUUGCCCUUUUAAACUACUUCUGUAAUGUAUGUAUCUAGAUCUACAUGAAAUACUUCAUAUGCGUAAGGAGUAGUAGUGUAAAAUAUCACCUUGAAAAUGUCUGACUGCUAGCCAUCUUAAGAUUUUAAAAAUUUAGCAGAUAACCAAAAUACUUAGUACAUUUGAUGAACAAAGUGUACUAUUUUGCCCACUAAAAGGUCCCUAAAUGUACUGCAAUCAUGCCCUUUGGCAGAUUUUAAUAAAACUCUACACUUAAUCUACAAUAUGAGGAAUAGUUUGCCUUGUUGUUGCUAUGAAAUCCAAAAUGGCAGGCAAUUGACAACAAUUUAAAGGAGCUUAGGUUCAUGUAUUGAGAAGUAUUAACUGUCAUUGCAUGUAUUUGUAUAUCUUGGAAUGAUUGCUACCAACUUAUUGUAUUGCCUGUGUAUUUUCAAUCUUUGACUAUUUGUUGUUUUAUGUUUUAAAGCCACAUAAAUGCUCAAAAUCAACUAAUAUUUCAUGAAUUAUUUUGUAAAAUAAAGUUAACCCUAAAAACUUCGUGUUCCUUAUAGCAAUAGCCAAAAAAUUGAUUGCUAGAUGUGGUUACAUAGAUUUAAAGAGAUACUGGCAGCGUAGAUAGCACGACAUAGUUCUCAUGAGCUACUCGAAGCCUAUCUCUGGUUCGCUUGUAAAUGUUAGGAUAUCGUCGUGGUAAAUUCACAUGGAAUAUAUUGUCACACAAGAAAUAAAAACAAGCAUUUCUUAUCUCGUUAAAUCUAUUUUACCAUACCACAUCUAGCGUUGAAAGUUUGGCUUUCGCCAUCAGGAACACUUUUUAUGGGUUAACUUUAUUUUACAAAAUAUCCGUUGGUUUUGAGUAUUGUUGUGGCUUACUUUAAUUUACCAGAAAUAUUUCCAUAUUCAACAAGAAAUGUAGUGAAUUACAUCAUUUCAACUGGCUGAAAUCUUGGAUAAAAGUUUGUUCUCAAAAUAAAUUAUGCCUUGCAUUUAAGGACUUUGAAAAUUGACUUAAGUGCUUAUGUGUAUGUGACAGGUCUUGUUCACACAGAUCCGCAAUUACGCAUGGCUACCUUUAAGGUCUUCAUGUUUUGACUUUAAAGGUCAAAAUACAGCACUUAUUGUUGGACCUCUGCAUCUGUAUCAAAGUGGUGUUUAUGGUUCUAAUACAUUGUAGCACUAGCACUAUAUCAACAAUUGCUAUUUCUUUUAACAUAACUACGAGAUUGACAUAGGGCCAUCUCUUUCAAUUGGUUUUAGCAUUCAAAAGAAGUUAUUGAAUCAAAUUGGUGAUUGGUGCAGUGCCCAAAUCUAUUUUAGCACAAUCCAUAUUAUUUUGGACAUUAAUGUUCAGCUCUAAACAUUUUUUUUUUCAAAACAGGUUAGGAAUAGAAUGUACCGUAUAGAAACUCUAGCAACGUGUUUAUAUACUGGCAUGGGCAAAGUACGAUACAUUUGCUUGUAUUUUGAAAUAAUAUUAAUGUUUUAUGUGACUUAAAUGGUACUAGUAAUUUUAAAGGGUACUAGUAAUUGCAUGCAUGAAUGUUCAGUGUGCUUUCAUGAAAAUUGUUGUGAAUACAUAAAGAGAAAAAUACA